GCAAGCUGUGAGCCCCAUAAAAUCUGUAAAUGAUAUAGGGGCCUCAUCUUUUGUUUGUCUACUCCUGCUGCUUGAGCUCCCUGACCCUCCUCCCAGUUGGGUAUGCAACAGCAGAAACAGUAGCUCUCCCCGUUUGUCUGUCUCUGAGAUUGUCGAGAAUUGCUUCUGGUGGUGAUGGCGGUUGCAGAAUUAUCCUGCCAUGGCCUGUGCUCCUCUUCCGCCACCAACGGCAACAACCAUGGCUCAUCGUUCCUUUCUUCCAAGCUUUACAGAUCGUCGUCGUUUUUGCCAUCCCAUCUUCAUGGUUCGCAGUUCCAGCCUCGUCAGCGCCACCAUCCACUCAAAUUGGUUUGUUCUACUGCACCCAAUCAAGCACAACAACAGUCUCAAACUGCACAAGUGGCCGUUUCUCCUUCUGUUAAUGGCAAACCCAAAUCGGAUAGCUCACAGUGUUACGGUGUUUUCUGCCUCACAUACGACUUAAAGGCGGAAGACGAGACGAGGUCGUGGAAAAAAAUGAUAAAUGUUGCAGUUUCAGGUGCAGCGGGAAUGAUUUCUAACCACCUGCUCUUCAAGCUUGCUUCUGGCGAGGUUUUUGGCUAUGAUCAACCAAUUGCAUUGCGAUUGUUGGGAUCUGAAAAAUCGUUUGAAGCUCUUGAAGGAGUUGCAAUGGAGUUGGAGGAUUCUUUAUAUCCAUUGUUGAGAGAGGUUAGCAUAGGCAUAGAUCCUUAUGAGGUAUUCAAGGAUGCUGAAUGGGCACUUCUGAUUGGAGCGAAGCCCCGAGGACCAGGAAUGGAACGCGCAGAUUUGCUAGACAUAAAUGGACAGAUUUUUGCUGAACAGGGCAAAGCCCUGAAUGCAGUUGCAUCUCGUAAUGUCAAGGUUAUAGUUGUUGGUAAUCCAUGCAAUACUAAUGCAUUGAUUUGUUUGAAGAAUGCUCCAAAUAUUCCUGCGAGGAAUUUUCAUGCUUUAACGAGGUUGGAUGAGAACAGAGCCAAAUGCCAGCUAGCCUUGAAAGCUGGUGUAUUUUAUGAUAAAGUUUCAAAUGUGACCAUUUGGGGAAAUCACUCAACAACUCAGGUUCCAGACUUUUUAAAUGCUAAAAUCCAUGGUUUACCGGUGACAAAAGUCAUUACUGAUAUGAAAUGGUUAAAGGAAGAAUUCACUGAAAAAGUUCAAAAGAGAGGAGGUGUACUUAUCAAGAAAUGGGGAAGAUCUUCAGCUGCAUCAACAGCAGUAUCUAUUGUUGAUGCCAUAAGGUCUCUUGUUACGCCCACACCUGAGGGAGACUGGUUCUCAACAGGGGUUUAUACUAGUGGCAACCCAUACGGUAUAGCAGAAGGUAUUGUGUUCAGUAUGCCUUGCAGAUCAAAGGGAGAUGGUGAUUACGAGUUGGUCGAGGAUGUUAUUAUUGACGAUUACCUUCGACAACGAAUAAAGAAGAGUGAAGAGGAGCUGCUUGCUGAAAAAAGAUGUGUUGCACAUCUAACAGGGGAGGGCAUUGCAUACUGUGAUCUGCCUGAGGAUACCAUGCUUCCUGGAGAGCAGUAAAGCCCAAACUGUGGUAGCUCUUCUUUCACUGCUGGAAGUCACUAUUUACUUGCCAUACUCAGCAAACGGUAAGCAGAAAGAUCAAGUGGGCAAUAGGUCACGGAAUGGGGAAUUGUAAGUAGAGGUAUUGAACACACAAAUGAAGAAGGCAGAUUACAUGUCAUGUACCUUUAAUAGGGUGAAAUUUGUCAUAAUAUUUUACUUUGUGUUAAGUAUCAAACCCAAACCUGGUGUUCGUGGCAGUGCACAACUGCAAACCCAAGUGUUACUCCUUGAGUUUGCCAUUUGUUAAA